AAAAUUAGCUACAAGAGUGCAGCACGGAUCAAGAGCGUCUCCAUACGUAUAUUAAAUCCGCUUUCAUUUGUCACAUAUGACGUGUGACAUGUGAAAUUCAUAGCUGAGACCUGAGACCCCCUUUCCAGAAACUGUCAACUCGGCUGAUUCGCAAACUUUCUCUCAUUGUAAGUUUUUUCGAAUUAUUUGAAUUGAAUAUGUAAGAAAUUUGAUGUACAUGAAAUAAAUUGUACGCUGUGUUGCGUGCUGACAAGUGAAGAUUGAGGUUGCCACCUUUUCCUUGUAAAUAGAAGAAAAUAAAAUGGCCACAAUACCUUUAAUGUUUGUUGAAGAAGAUAUAGAAGGUGGAGGAAAGGAAUCAAUUACAAAUGAUUUUGCAUACAAUAACAAUGUAUCCAAUGCUAGCCUUAAAAUCCGUAUGGGAUUUUUGCGAAAAGUAUAUGGCUUGCUCACAAUGCAAAUGUUCAUGACAGUUUCUGUAGGACUCGUGUGUAUGUUUCAGCCAACAGUUCGAGAAUUUAUUCAUACCAAUGAUUGGCUCUUGAGUUGUGCUUUUCUGAUGAGCAUUGUUAUUUUGAUUGCCUUGUAUGUGAAGAAACGUGACAGCCCUGCUAAUUUAAUUCUUCUGUCAGCAUUUACUGUUGUGCAAGCCUACACUGUCGGUGUAGUAUUGACAUUUUAUGAUCAAGUGGCUGUACUGCAGGCAUUUGUACUAACUUUCGCUGUUGUCGUUGGUCUCACAAUCUUCACAUUCCAGACCCAAAGAGAUUUUACAAACCUUCAUUUUGCAUUGUUUGCUGGAUUGUGUGUCCUUAUAAUCGGAGGUUUUCUGCAACUUAUAAUUGGCAGUUCAAUUUUGGAAUUGGUGAUCUCCAUUGGAGGAGCAUUCCUAUUUUCGCUUUUCAUUGUUUAUGAUACCCAGAUGUUAAUGGAGAAACUAUCACCAGAAGAAUAUAUCCUAGCCACUAUAAACUUGUAUCUAGACAUAAUUAAUUUAUUUUUGUACAUUCUGCGUGCCCUUGAAGCAACAAGAAGGCAUUGAAGUUUUUGAACAUAUAAAUGUCAUUUACAUCGGUGGUCAUUAACAGUAUUAAAAGUAUUUUUAGCAAUACUUAAAAUCCUGCUGUUCUAUAAUUUAUUGUACAUAUUCAAUAUAAAUUUUAUUCUAUUCAGUAUCGAAUUUUUUUGAGAAAGGAAAGUAAAUUUAGAAACAAUAUUAUGAAGGAAAGACACUCUUUCAUUUGUGGUAAUACCUUAUUGUUUGACCACACAAUGUUAUAUACUUUUUCUUGGGACAUUGAUGUAUUUGCAGGAUAUGCACUUCCUCUUUAUUGUAAGCUUUUAUAACAAUACAUCCAUUAUUUUCUGGGAGAAUAUAAAACUUUACAAGAAAUAUUUUUACUGGUAAUUUUAAUCUUUCAACUCACCUCAAUAAUUGUAUAUAUGUAGUAGUCUUCCGCUUUUUAUGAUCAUGAGGAUGAAUAAUUUUGUUGCCGAUGUAUUUGUGUAACUGGGACAAAAAUAUUUUUGAUGAUUAAAAUGUUACCAUAUUUUAAUUGCAACAUCAAAGAGUUAAGCAGAAAUGAACUGUUUAUUUCAUGUAUUUUUUUGUUGUUGUAUAUUUUAGAAUAAUAUUAUAUGGUUGAAUAAGUUGUCAUGCAACUUGCAUAUAAAAAGUCUGAUGUAUAAUGUGUAUAGUGCUAGAAAAAAAUAUGUUGUGUUAAUCAAUAUGUAACUAUAUGAAAAGUAUGAAAUACACAUCUUUUAAUGCUUCUUGAAUCAAUUCUGUCUCAGAACAUACGUUAGGAUACUAUUUUCCACAAAAUUGAAUUAUUAGUAGUUCCAAUAGGUUUAUUCAAGUAAUAGUGGUCAAGUGUAUAAAACAGCAUCUACAUAUGUAAACUUCUAUAACACACUUUCUGGCCAGUAUGUUGGAGCACCAUAUUCUAAAUACCUGUUAUGUGAUGAAAAUGCAUUACGCAAAUAAGACUUGUACAUGUUUUGACCUCCUUGUAUUAACUGUGAUCUGAAUAAAAUCCAAAAGUAUCUUUUAUGAAUGGUUGUAUUUAUGUCAUUAUAAUUGUAUUUGUGCUAUGUAAUUAUAAGAGCCAGGAGGCUUAGGUCAUUUGUCAGCGUGCUCGCUUUCCAAGACGUGACCCCGGGUUCGAUUCCCGGCCGGACAAGAUUAUAAUGUGCGUUUUCCUUGCAAUACCCCAGAAUAUAUUGCUGUGUGACGAUGAGAAAAUUCAUUUCCCAGGUUGAGAUCUGAAUACGGCUUGGG